GUUCAGCAUUGUUAUUUAGUUGGGAUUUUUGUACCGUCCACUUUAAGGUUAUCUUAUACAUUUCAAACAUGAUGUGGAUCUCAAAAUGAUGUCAAAACAAAUAACAAACCUGAAAAUACAACCUUAAGAAAAUAUGAACGAAAAUAAAAUAAAAUUGAGCUUAAUUGGCGACACCGCAUAUUGUUUUAAUGCUGAUGAUUAUAUGACAAUUCGUACCGAGUAUCACAUUGUCGGCCGAUUGAUUGGUAGCACGGUGAAAUGGCCAAGAAAUAUCAGUCUUAGUGGAUUGCCCGCAAUUUAUUCUCCGUACGAAACACAAUUGCUCAUUGACAAAGGCGUUAUUCAAUUGUGUAAAAAGACGUUUUCGGAUGUGCCGAACGAAGAAAAUGAAGCGCAAUACGUAGAAAGUUGUGAAGGACAUCUGAAUGCAUACAAAGAAUCGUAUAUGGAGAAGCGCAUUGGUGAUGCCAAAAAAUGCAUGGACAAAAUUUUAGCGGGAAAACGAAAAAAAGUGGCCAAAUUGGGCGGUGAUCCAAAUGAAAUAACAGAAGAAGCCAUUCUAGAGGAUGUGCGAAAUCGUGCGAUAAACGAUGUGCCCAAAGCAUUUGUACAAAUUCCCACACAAGAACCAUUCAUUGAACUUGAUUUUGAAGAGGUGAAAACCGCGCCAAAUAUUGAUCCCAUAAAAUAUCAUGUGUUCUGUGAUUUAUGGGGAAAAGGUCAUUGGAUAACAUUUGGUGCGAUAUUUGGAGGUGACUUUCUAAUCUAUCCGGGCGAACCAUUCCAUUUUCAUGCGUCGCAUAUUAUCCAUGUACUCACCGAAGAAGAGGCCAAAUCAAUACCGAUUCCGACUUUUAUCACACGAUCACGGCUCAGUGUUGCUGUCAAAAAACUAUGUACUUUCGUUUAUGAAAACAAUGAGACCCACGAAUUGUGCUAUCAAACCGUACAAUGGCAGGGAAAAUAAAUAUUUUAUACCAAAAA